UUACAUGCAUCCCACACAGUUCGUGCGACCCCAACAAAUAUUUGCGAGGGUGAGAAUGAAAGGCAAUGACCAUCUCCGGUUUAGCGUUGAUGGUGUGCUAUUUUCUCACGUCGAAUAUAGGGGUACAAAAGUUUGGUAGCUAGAUUCAGGCUAGGCAUAUAUCAUUCAUCAAGAAAUUGGUGUCUAUGUUCAACAUUUUUCUCUACCUCGACUGUGCCAAAUGUGCUACACGAUUUCGGUCCUAUCUGGUAGGGGUUUUCUCUAAAAUACCUUGAAGUAAUUCUUAACGAAAAAGCGUAGGUAACUCACUGAAAUGGCAGAUCUUCAUUAUCCAAGACCAUGCGGAUGUACAGGAAUCCGAUCAUGCCUCGUCUGUGAAGGCAAAGAUAUCCAUGUGAAGAAUGCAUCAACGGGCAGUGAAUAUUUACAGGCACUCUGGAGAUACUGCUACUUGUGUGGAAAUAUCCAGCCUCCUCCUCACAUAGAGAUGGGACAGAGCAGCACAAAACAGCCAACACCAGACACAGUGUGCCCUGAUCACCACGCUACUCAGGGCUUUAGGUUGCCUGGUAUACAGGUGAUACCAGAGUUUAUCACAGAUGAAGAGGAAAUGGAGAUGGUGCACAUGAUUGAAGAGAGUCCAUGGAAAUCCUCCCAGUCAGGAAGAUUCAAACAGGACUACGGCCCUAAACCCAACUUCAAGCGUAGAAAAGUCAAGCAAGGUGGCUUCACCGGUCUACCUGCCUUCAGCAAACCACUUGUGUCCCGUAUGACACGCCUCCCAACGCUUCAAGACUUCCUCCCUGUUGAACAGUGCCAUCUAGAGUACACGCCCGACAGAGGAUCAGCCAUAGACCUUCAUUUUGAUGACUUCUGGCUUUGGGGGAACCGACUCGUCACCAUCAAUCUACUCUCAGACACUUUCUUAUUCCUGAAAUAUGAAACUGAUGCUACUAGUCAUGGAGCACCCAGUGAUUCUGGAACAAACUCCUACUAUCGUCAAGACAAUCAUGAUGUCAGAGGUCAGCAAGAAGAGUGGUUGGUCCAUGAACUGUUAAUACCAAUGCCAAGGAGAAGCUUGAUAAUACUGAGUGACGAUGCUAGGUACAAGUGGAAGCACGCAAUCCCACGAGAAGCCAUUACAUCUCGACGCAUCGCUGUGACCCUCCGUGAGCUUGCAACAGAAUUCUUGCCCGGAGGGAGCAAAGAAGCAAUUGGUCAAGAACUCUUAGACAUUGCAUUGACCUACGAAGGAACAGUUGUACCUUGAAGGUUCAUUGGUUCAAUAUUUCUCUUACUGAUGUUUGGAUGCAACUCUCUUUGAAAAGUAAUAUAACUGUCA